AUGGAAAACUUGUUCAAACCCCCAGAACCCCUAGUCUUAGAUGGAAAUGUUGCAGAGAACUGGAAGAGAUUCAGCCAAAAAUUUGAUAUAUUUUCAACAGCGACAGAUCUAGAGUCGAAAUCUGAAGAUAAGAAAGUGGCAGUCUUUUUAAACCUGAUAGGUGACGAAGGACUAGAAUUAUUUAAUAGUUUCAGUUUUGAAAAUGGAGACGAGAAAAAUAUAUGCCAAAAAGAAGGUCAGAAUUUUGAUAAUUUCUUAACAGAAUUAAGAAAAGCUAUUAAGACAACACAAUACAAGGAUCAUGAUGACAUGAUAAGGGACAGAAUUGUAAUGGGAAUACUGGACAAAGUAAUACAAGAGAGAUUGUUACGAGAACCAAAACUUACUUUAGAAAAAGCAGUAGAUGUUUGCAGAGCAACCGAGUCAAGUAAAUCGCAGUCAAAAAUAUUAAGAAAUGAAAGUCAAGUGGAUGCUGUACAGAAAAAUAGUGAUCAAGAAAACAAUAAGAAACCAUGUAACUUUUGUGGGUACAAACAUGGCAAGUCUGGUAAAUGUCCUGCAUAUGGGAAAACAUGUGCAAAAUGCCAAGGUCGGAAUCAUUUUGCUGCUGUGUGUAGGAAAAAAGAAGUCAGACCAGAAAGAAACAACAAAACCAAGGAGAAAAAAGUUCAUGAAGUUGAAGCAUGUAGUUGCAAGGUGAAUACUGAAGAUGAUGACACAAGUGAUGAGUAUUUUGUUGAUGGUAUACAGUCAAUCGGGUCCGUAAAAGCAAACUUAUGUUGGAAGCAGGAGAUCUCUUGAUGAUAUAGUAAAUAAAUAUCCUAGUGUUUUUAAUGGGUUGGGUAAAUAUCCAACAGAACAUCAUAUUACAUUAAAGAAAGAUUUUGUACCGCAUGUGCAACCGCUCAGAAGGAUUCCUCAUAUUUUACGAGAUAGACUAAAAAGUAAGUUAAAUGAGCUUGAGAAACAAGGUGUCAUUUGUAAAGUUGAUAAGCCUACUGAGUGGGUGAAUGCACUUGUGAUUGUGGAAAAAACAAAUGGUGAUUUGCGUCUUUGUUUAGAUCCUAAGUAUUUAAAUAAAGCAAUUCAAAGAGAGUAUUUUUCAAUCCCAACUGCAGAUGAAAUCGCUGCUACCUUAUGUAACAGAGAGUUUUUUACUGUGUUAGAUAUGAAAGAUGGAUAUCUACAAGUAAAGAUAGAUGAAGAAAGUUCAGAUUAUUGCACUUUUGCUACUCCAUUUGGUAGGUACAAAUAUUGUCGUUUACCUUUUGGAUUGUGCUCCGCACCAGAAGUGUUUCAAAAGAAAAAUUAUGAAAUAUUUGGUGACAUUGAUGGUAUUGGAUUAUAUUUUGAUGAUAUAAUUGUCACAGGAAAAAAUGAGAAAGAGCAUGAUAAAAAUUUGCACUUGGUAUUGGAAAGAGCUCUCAGUUAUGGUAUUAAAUUUAAUAGAAAUAAAAUACAGUUUAA